CCAAUUAUGGUUGGGCUGGCUUGGGACUGAGGUUGUUCCUGAGAGGCGUAGAUGAACGGAAGUUUGGGGGACGACUAGCUUGGCAGCGGCCACGUCGAAGCCGUGCCAUGAGGAACGGUCGCCACUUGCCCCGCCACGUGCAGCCGUGCAUGCUGCCAACACAUCUCAUCCCCAAACCCCCACAAAUUUGCUUUAAAGCCCAAAGUGACUAACUCCAACAGCGGUCUCUGGAAUCUGCUGGUUGAUCACUCUGUUCAGGAGAAGUGAAACGAGCGAAGCGAAGAACAAUAGCUAGCUCUGAAAAAAUGGCCACCCACCCGGAGGUCCCCGGUGAGCCGACUCAGACCGGAACCGCCCUCCUGGAGACUGCGACCGCCGCCAUCCAAGGCUUUGGCCCCCUCAACAAGAUCCACCAGCACCUCUGCGCGUUUCAUUUCUACGCGGAUGACAUGACCCGGCAAGUCGAGGCCCACCACUUCUGUGCUCACCAGAACGAGGACAUGAGGCAGUGCCUCAUAUACGACGGCCCUGACCCUGACGCCCGUCUCAUCGGGGUCGAGUACAUCGUGACGGAGGAGAUCUUUCUCACCCUGCCCGACGAGGAGAAGCCCCUGUGGCACAGCCACGAGUAUGAGGUCAAGGGCGGGUUCCUCUUCACGCCUGGGGUCCCUGGCCCCAUCCAACGGCUGGAACUCGAGAAGGUCGCGAAGACUUAUGGGAAGACCAUCCAUUUCUGGCAGGUCGAUAAGGGUGACAGCCUCCCCGUUGGUUUGCCACAGAUUAUGAUGGCCCUCACCCGGGAGGGUCAGCUCCAGGAGGAUAUCGCUACAAGUGUGGAGAAGAGAUUCGGGGUUUCAUUCCAGAAGGAAAAGGAGAACCGAGCGUACAUGGCAGGACUGGCGCACGGAAUACACCCGUUGGCGAAUGCAGCUGGGAAAGGGCUUCAGACAGAGUUGAGGGAGGUGGGACUGUAAACCGAUAGAAUCCGUGCCCUGAGUCUUUGUGUGAGGACUGGAUGGAGGACUGGUUAUGUGACAUUUCUUCUGGCCCUACCUUAAGAAGUAUACAUAACAUAUAUAUAUAUAACCUUAUCUUGAGAAUGUGUAUGUAUAUAUUUACAUGGUAUGGUCCUACUAGUUGGGAAUGGUUGUCUAGACUGCUCCUCUGAACUUUCGGGUCAGGUUUUCAAAUCUGCAUUGUGUUUACGUUGCAAGAAUGUAUGGAAGCUUUUGGCAAAAGUCAACAUUGUCUACCUCUAUCUGUAGGGGUAGUGAUAG